AUGAAUUUCGCCGGCGCGCGUGGCGGAUCUUUCAUGGCAACGAGCCCGCGCGGUGGGUUCGUUUCGGGCUCCCGCGGGGCCUUCGCUGGUGGCGGCGCGGGCGGCGGCGCGCUCAUGGGCAGCGGGGUCUACCCCGGCGGCGCGGGCGGCGGCGCGCUCAUGGGCAGCGGGUUCUACCCCGGCGGCGCGGGCGGCGGCGCGGUCAUGGGCAGCGGGUUCUACCCUGGCGGCGCGGGCGGCGGCGCGCUCAUGGGCAGCGGGGUCUACCCUGGCGGCGCGGGCGGCGGCGCGCUCAUGGGCAGCGGGGUCUACCCCGGGAUGGGCUACGCUGGUGGUGGAGAGGCCUGCUGCGGAGGCCCGGGCGGCGGCGCGGGCUGCGCGGACGGGUGCGGAGUGGGCUGCGGGGGCAUCGCCGGGACGACGAUGGCGUACGUGGGCACGGGCGGUGACUACAUCGCCGCGACCACCUACCAGUACGUGGGCCAGGGCGCCGGCACCUUCGGCGUGGUGCCGAUUCCUGCGGCUGGGUGCAGCGCAUGGUGGCUAUGCUGCUUCCUGCCGCUGCUCCUGACUCCCCUCCUCUUCUUCGCGGGAACCACCACCACGACCACGACCACAACGACCCCCCCCGUCAUCACCACGGCGCCUCCUGACAUCGUGACUACGCCGUCGCCGAUGCCGUCGAAGGAGUGUUGCAUCGACAUGUGCAACUGCGCCCGCGAUGGGUCGCAGUGCGACGAUGACUGUGGCUCCGAGGAGUGUACUGAUUUCGACGACUGUGAUGAGAAGGGCAUCUGCAUCACAGGCACUCCAGAAUGUGAGAACCCCACGCCAGCGCCGCCGCCGCAGGGGCCCCAGAAGCACUGCAGGAUCUUCGGCGACCCGCACGUGGUGACGUUUGACGGGCAAUCAGCAAGCUUUUACUCCCAGGGCGAGUACUGGACUGUGAAGAGCACCACCGUUUGGAUGCAGGGCCGCUACAUGCCCACUCCGGUGACCAACGGCCUCUCCGUCAUGAAGGAGAUCGCGAUCGGCGGCCCCUUCCUGGAGGGCAAGGACGGCAAGAAGAACGUCCUCCGCAUCUCCUCUCUCAGGGCGACAUUCAACGACGUCCCCAUUAUUCCUGGUUUUCCAGACGCCUGGGAGAACCAGGAUCCCAUGAUCAAGGUUGUCACCGACGGCAGCGGGCAGGUGAUGCAGUCGAGCCGCAACGGCAAGGAUAUGCACGUCGUGCACGUGGACUUGCCGCUCAACAUCCACCUGGAGAUCAACCGUUGGAACGAGCCAGGCGAGGGCGAUUACAUCAACACGAUGAUCACCAUGAGCAUGCAGCCCAACCAGGACGGCCACUGUGGAAAUUUCAACGGCGUGCUCGACGACGACACCAGGCCGGCAAUUCGCGCCCGCAUCGGCACAACGGGUGUCCCGCAAGCGGAACUGCUCUUCCACACCAAGACCCCCGUGACGCCCGUGAACCGGCCCGACCUCAACAAUUGUGCGAGUGACAAAAGUGAGGUGGCCAGGGAGCUCUGCACGAAGAAAUCCAAGACUGGCAUUCCCAACAAAGACUGCAUGAUCGACGUGUGCUUCGGAGGGGCGCACUUCGCAGACAUGACCGACUAUGACGAGUGA